AUGUGCUCGUUGGAAAAGAUCCAGGCGACAUGUCGGGGGUACCUCAUGCGGACGUUAUACAACAAACGGUCUGUACUUACACGACACAACAUAGUGAAUGAAAUAUAUGAAACGGAACUCCAUUUUGUGCUUCACCUCAAUAUGGUCAUUUCACUCUUUAAAGUCCCCGUUGAAGAUUCUGGUGGACGAAUACUUCCAAGACUUGUUGCACAAACGAUUUUCUCAAAUGUGGAACAAGUCAUGUCAGCGGCGUGUGUCAACGCAAAUAAAUUUCAAACGGCUGUGGAUGUGUGGAAAUACGACUCGAAGUUUGGGGGUGUAAUGCUUCAAGUUCUUAACAAUAUGGUACCACUGACUGAAUAUACACUUAGGUGGGACUCUUUAAAAAGAGAGCUUAAAAACGCAUAUAAAAACAAUCUUUUCAAAACCUUUGUGAAGGUCCAAUGCGCACCAGAAACUACUGACAAUUUGUCGUUUGAAGAUCUUCUCAUUACACCAGUUCAAAGACUCAUGAGAUAUAAGAGUCUUCUAUCCGAACUUCUCAAAAAUACACCACCAGAACAUCCAGACUAUAUCGACACGAUGAAAGCAGUCGCA